AUGUAUCCAAGAAGAGCAUUUUCUAUGGUUAAUUCAUUGAUUGAGCGAUGGGAAGGUUGUCUGCAGCUUUAUCCUUCGAGUCUGAUGCGCAAAGAGCGUUCUGUGGCUGGUGCCGAAGAAAGUUUAGAUGAACGAGCGAUGAUCGCGAGACUGGAAGAAGAGAACGGUGAAAUGCUUCGUGAAAUGGAAUUGCUUGAGCAGCAACAGGAACUGGAGAACACAGACGAUCAGCUGAGUGGAUUACGAGAGAAGAAAGCGCAACUCGAAGAGAAGAUGCAUGUGAUGCAACAAACAAGGCGACAGCUAAUGCAGCAACUUGAGGUGCUUAUGUCACAACUUAAUGCCAAAGGAAUGGUAAACGGUGGUAGUAUGGGAACACUCCCAGAAUCCCUAACUGGAAUUGGAAGUCGAGUGACGAACGCUUUCCGAGAUCAUAGUAUGCCAAGAGCUGGUUCAUUGCCUGCGGCACAGCUACAAGGAGAUUUGUUGCAUGCAGCCGACGAUAUCACUACACAUAUGGGUACAUUGUUGAAAGAAUUAGAUCAAGUUUGUGUUGAGUGGCGUCGAAUCAGCUGGAAAUUACUCGUCAACGGGGAAGCUCGGGAUAGCGUGACUUCAGAGCAACACUGUGAUGGCAGUGUUCUACAGUACUGUCGAACGACUCGUGAUGUGGGCAAUGAAUGUUUAGUACCGUCAUGGCAGAUACGACUUUGA